AUGACGCAUUACAAAUAUAUAAUGCAACGCUUAGAGAGGGGGUCAGAAUUUGACUCAUUGAAAUCGACACGCACCGACUUAACGUGUUCGGUUAACAUCGUACACAUCAAUUUCCAUAGCAACACACUAAUACAUCAGUCACUUAAGUUCGCCACUGCAUUACAAGUGGAUGCCACAUCCGUAAACGCAACUCAAGCAAUAGCAUUAUUGAAAGCAGGCCUGAGACAGAGGGCCGUGGUAAAUCGACUAAAUUUAAGCCAAUCUGCUGUGUCCCGAGUGUAUCGUCGAUACCAAGAUACUGCUGAUUAUAUCCGUCGACAAGGAGGAUGCCGUAAACGA